AUGCUUGACUUUGUCAAUGAUAAAUCAUAUUACCACGAAAGAGCUUAUAAUUUUAGACAGUGCGUGUACAAAGAGGCAAUGCUGGACGCAACAGCCAAGCUUCCAUCAGGCAUCCUAAGUGGAAAUGGGAACCAAUAUGGCGACUUCGACGAAUGCCUUAGCAUUGAUAGCGCAGUACGUGGAAAGUACUGCCUGGCUUCGCUGCAAGUUAACUUAGCGGACAUUGGUCAUAGCAAGUUAGACUAUUUGGUGCACAGUGGCCAUUAUAUUAGGAGUAAUAUUACUGAUAUGGGUCACAGAGUACCCAGAUACUCCAGUCUGCUAUGGGGUGUCUGUAUACCAAGUUCUUGCAGUAGCUUCGACUUGGAGGAGGAGCUUUCACACAAGCUGUCACAUCUUGGAGUGACUGCUAAAGUACAAAACACUAUGUGUACUGUUAAACACUUUAAGCGGCCGUACUCCUUUGGAAAAUCUCUAGCUAUAGCAUUUUUCCUCGGAGUCCUACUUCUCCUUACCUUGGGAACUAUUUUCGACGAUGGCAAGGAGGGUGCAACGAAUUUUGAAAAGUUACUAAACGCGUUUUCCUUGAAACGCAACCUUCGCAAAGUCUUCGAUCUUUCGGAUUCCCCUACAAGAGUCAAGGGGGUGGAUGUAUUUAGAGGCAUGAACGCGUUUGCGCUACUCGUGGCUCAUAAGUCUAUGGCAAUGGCGCAUAGCCCUUAUGUCAACAAAGCUAGUUAUGCAGAGGUAUUCGGAAUGCCUUGGGCUGUGAUUGGUAGAUCGGCGAUCGUGUACACCGACAGUUUUCUCUACCUCAGCGGGUUUUUGAAUGCCCACAACCUAUUGCAAGAUCUAGAGAAAAGGGGAACUAUUGACUUUAAGAGCAGGCUCCUAUCUAGAUGGUUCAGACUGUUUCCACUAUUCUUGAGUCUGAUGUUGUUCUGCACCUACAUCCUGCCUGACCUCAACAACGGACCCCAGUGGAACCUGGUGGUGGAAGAACAUGGCCGAGUUUGCGAAAAGAAUAUGUGGAAGAGUUUCCUUUUCAUACACAACUACUUUGGAUUUGAGGAAAUGUGUCUCACUCACACCCAUCAAAUAGGCAUUGACAUGCAAUUGUACGUGGCAACGUUCCCUCUGAUGCUCAUUCUGUGGCGGUUCCGACGAACUGGUCUUGCGCUAAUUGUGGCCAUUGCAGCAGGUUCUACGGCACUGAGGUAUUUGGCCAUACACUGGUAUGACAUCAGCAUGUUCGUCUACUAUGGAAUAUCAGUAUCAAAGUUACUAGACGCAGCGAGGUAUUCCUACAUUCUUCCAACACACCGAGCAACCAUUUACCUCAUCGGAGUCUUGAUGGCGUAUUUCAUCAAAUCCAAAAAAUCUCGCGUCAAUCUCAGUGAUACUCAAUCCAGAUUAGUAUGGUUCGUUUGCUGGUCAGUAGCGGCCUUCACAAUAGCCAGCCCUUACAAAAUGGGUCUUGAAGGGUACAACUAUGAGCACUUCCAGGCCGCUAUGUUCGCUGCGUUUGCGCCGAUAUUAUGGGGCCUCUUCAUGAGUAUUGCCCAUUGGGCUAUUUGUAAUGAUUAUGCAGGUAUCGGAACGUCAUUCGUAGAGUCGCGAGUGUUCAAGUUCUUCAAUAAGAUCGCAUACAGUGUCUACCUAACUCAGUUUCCCAUAUUCUUCUACAAUGUUGGGGUCCAAAGACAUGCUGAGUACUAUUCUCCUUUCUUACUGAUUCAGGUCCCAGAGAUGGCAGUAGUGCUGGUGAUAUCUAUAAUGGCAACCGUCGCCAUUGAAAUGCCUUUUAACCAAGUGUAUAGGAUAUACUUCGGAAACUCACAGACAAAGAUAAAGGAGAAGUGA